AUGGCUGCUUCUGAUCAACGCCGCUCUCGCCAGCGCGACGAAGAAAGCCCUUCAAAACCAAACAAGAAGAAGAAGGCAAGCAAAAACCCUGAAGCGAAUCUCCUCUUCAAUCUCAACUCAUGCUCAAAGUCUAAAGACCUCUCAGCUGCAUUAGCCCUUUACGAUGCAGCCGUCACUUCCAGCGAAGUCAGACUCAACCAGCAACACUUCCAGACACUUCUUUACCUCUGCUCUGCUUCCAUUAGUGAGCCAUCUCUUCAAAGCCUCGCCAUUGACCGUGGCUUCCAGGUUUUCGACCGUAUGGUUAGUUCCGGGAUAAGCCCUAAUGAGGCAUCAGUCACUUCAGUUGCUCGGCUCGCUGCUGCUAAAGGCGAUGGUGAUUAUGCUUUCAAGAUUGUCAAGGACUUUGCUUCUGUUGGUGGGGUAUCAGUUCCUCGUCUGAGAACCUAUGCGCCGGCUUUGCUCUGUUUCUGCGAGAAGCUGGAGGCUGAGAAGGGUUAUGAAGUGGAAGAGCACAUGGAUGCGGCAGGUAUUGCAUUGGAGGAGGCUGAGAUCUCAGCUUUGUUGAAGGUAAGCGCCGCAACGAGCCGAGAGAAGAAGGUUUAUAGAUAUUUACAGAAACUAAGGGAAAAUGUUGGCUGCGUUUGUGAAGAGACUUCGAAAGUUGUUGAGGAAUGGUUCUGUGGAGAGAAAGCUGGUGAGGUUAGUGAUGAUAAUGGGAUUGGUUCUGAUGUUGAGAUGCUUAGAGAAGCUGUUUUGAAGAACGGAGGUGGAUGGCAUGGGCAUGGUUGGGUUGGGGAGGGGAAAUGGGUUGUGAAGAGAGGUAAUGUUAGCUCAACCGGAAAAUGUUUGAGCUGCAGUGAGCAGUUGGGUUGUGUAGAUGCUAAUGAGGUGGAGACACAGAAGUUUGUGGAUUCUUUGGUGGCUUUGGCUAUGGAGAGGAAGGCAAAGAUGAAUUCAUGUGAUAAAAAGGUGGACUUCAGUGAGUUUCAGGAGUGGCUUGAGAAACAUGGAGAGUACGAAGCUAUAGUAGAUGGAGCAAAUAUUGGACUCUACCAACAAAAUUUUGCAGAUGGUGGUUUCAGUCUUCCACAGCUUGAAGCUGUGGUGAAGGAACUAUACCAUAAAAGUGGUAACAGGAAAUGGCCUCUAAUUCUGUUGCACAAGAAACGGGUCAGGACGCUUCUAGAAAACUCAAGCCACAGGAAUCUUGUUGAGGAAUGGAUCAAUAACGGUGUUCUGUAUGCAACUCCACCAGGCUCCAAUGAUGAUUGGUAUUGGCUCUAUGCUGCUGCUAAACUCAAGUGUUUGCUUGUAACAAAUGAUGAGAUGAGAGAUCACAUUUUUGAACUCUUAGGGACCAGUUUUUUCCAAAAGUGGAAAGAAAGGCAUCAGGUUCGAUAUACUUUUACGAAAGGUAAUUUGAAGCUUGAAAUGCCGCCUCCAUUUUCAGUUGUCAUUCAGGAAUCAGAGAAAGGGUCAUGGCAUGUGCCGGUUUCGUGUCAAAACAGUGUGGAGUCUUCAAGAACUUGGAUGUGUAUUAGCAGAAAAAGCGUUUUAGACUCACAUAAGGUAAACGGAAAGCUUGGAACUUCUGGAAAUGAGAAGAAGAUCCUUAGUAGCUGCAACAAGAGUUUAUUGAGUUCAUGUGAUGCAGCAUCAUUUCACGAUUACAUCAACGAGCUAUUCUCAACCGUCCGAUGCUUAAACCCAAAACGAUCUCCACCGUUGAUCAUCGUCUCUUAUCUCCUUACCGUCGUAGUCGUAGGCUUUCGCAGCCGGUAA